GAGGCAGUGCAACGAGAUCUCUGUCCUGUCUGCAAGUUUUCCAGCUAAUGGCCUCUACUCUUUCUUUCACUGAGCUCUUUUGGCCUCAUAUUUGCCAGCUCCUUUUCUCACUGGUGUGGCUAAGGAGGGGGCCAGCCACCAGUUUGUGAGCCACAAAGAGGAGAAACGAGCCCUUUUGGGAUUUUUCGGGUGCAAAAACGUUCAGCAGCACUUUAACAUGUCGCUCUGAAGCGCGCUGCUGUGGGACCAGCUGGCGCUCAAGAGGAGGAGGAGGAACAGCUACCCAGCAGCUCUGGUUUCAGACCUCUGCAGCACCCUUUGUGUAUGACAAUUCACUUUGAGCGCAGGACGGCCAGGGAGGGUGGGGAGUGGGGAAGGAUGAGUGCAAGCAGCCUCUCCUGGGACCAGGCUGUUCUCCAGCCUCCCGUGUGUGAUGCCUGGAAGGAGAUUAUGGAGGGAGCAGCCUACCAGCUGGCCAGCUGCAUCGUUCUCCUGGGUUACAUGGGGGGAAGUGGCAUCUUUGGGUCCCUCUAUAUCUUUGGCCUCCUGGCCCCAGGCUACUUCUGCUAUGCUCUGUGGGGCUGGCUGAGUGCCUGCGGGCUGGACAUCUUCGUCUGGAACAUGCUGCUCGUCCUCACCUGCUUGCUUCAGCUGGCUCACCUGGCUUACCGGCUCCGCAGAGACACCAUCCCGGAAGAGUUUGACCUCCUCUAUAAGACCAUGUACCUGCCCUUGCAGGUGCCCCUGGAAGUCUACAAAGAAAUCGUGAAGUGCUGUGAAGAGCAAGUCCAGUCGCUAGUCAGAGACCAGAAUUACGCGGUGGAGGGCAAGACGCCCAUUGACCGCCUCUCAUUGCUGCUGUCUGGCAGGGUCCGAGUGAGCCAGGAUGGACAAUUCCUUCACUACGUAUUUCCGUACCAGUUCCUGGACUCUCCAGAAUGGGAGUCGCUGCGACCCUCUGAGGAAGGAACUUUCCAGGUCACGCUGACGGCCGAGACCGACUGCAGCUUCAUCACCUGGCCGAGGAAGAAGCUGUAUCUCCUCCUGAGGAAGGACCGCUAUGUUGCCCGGCUCUUCUCCUCCCACCUGGGCUACGACAUCUCAGAGAAGCUCUACUCCCUCAACGAGAAGCUCUUCGCCAAGUUCGGCCUUCGCUUCGACAUCCGCCUGCCCAGCCUCUACCAUGUCCUCGGGCCAGCCUCCUCCGAGGGGGAGUCAGAGGACUGCGGAGCCACCAUGCCUGGCCAGGCUGGUGCCUCCGAGCCGCCUCCGCAGCCAUCAUCACCGCCGCCGCCGGCUCCACGGCCCCGGGCAUCUCGGCCUGACAGUGACCUGCUGGCCUCUGGAAACCUUCUCCGGAGUUCCCCCCACCCUCCCUGCAAAGGACGAGCCCCUCUGGCUCCCACUCAGACCCCCGAACUCUAGGGAACAACAGUCUGUCUUGAUCCUGAAGCCCCUCCGAGGGAGCAUAAGCUCACAUAGGUUUCUGACCAGAGAGACACUCUUUAGCAAGCACUGAGACGUCUGCCUGCAGACAUGAACACUCGGGAGCACAUGAAGCACACGCGUGAGACUGCAGUGUGACACUCCAGCACCUCCCACCCCACGGUUGUUCACCAGAGCUGCCUGCCCCAGUGUGCUUCCCCGGUUUGUUUUCUAGUCCUGCCU